AUGGAGCUAAAAAUACGGCAACAAGCAGAACGCGACGAACGACGACUUCGACUUAUGCGACAAGAACAGGAACGAGUGAACAGUGAAAUAGCAGCUCUUGAUCGAAGAUCGAUAACUGGUAACGGUGACAUUCGUCGGGAUACCCUGAUCACAGUCGCCGCAGAAGAACUUCCACAAUUGUCAAAUGUUGAUGAAGAAGAGGAAAAUGUGCCAGAAUCAAGACAGAAAACUCCAACAUCCGAGCCGCCGUCUGUAUCAGACACCCAGUCGCCGGUAGCUGAUUCACCUCAUCCGUCCGUAUCCCACAUGUCUUCCGAAGUGUUCGUCCCGGCUCCUGCUCAAUUACCUCAACCACUGCCAAAACCAGCUCGUAACCAAGUAGCACCACUAAACGGUGACCUACAGCCUAUGCCUGCUCCUCGGAACCUUGACAUCUUCACCGUUGAAGGAUCCAAAGGAAUGUAUACAGUAGCUCCAGAAGCUGCCGGUAUAGAGAAGCAUCUGAGAAGGAUGCGAAGAAUUCAGGAAGGUCUACGGAGGAGAAAUGAAGAAAUGAAGCUCAACCGAAAGGAGGAAGUUGAGCUUGAAGUACUGUGA